UUAUCUUUGGGAGAAAUAAAGGGGAAAAAUCAAAUAGCUCAGCAUGAACUGAAGCAGCGCUUGGCGGCAGAACUACAAGCCUAAAACCAUCUUCUUCUUCUUUUUUCCUUUUGGUGAACGGCUUUAGUGUCUGAUGGCAAUCUCCGCCUCCUUCGUUCCCCUUCUUUCUUCCGUUAGCAUUUGUUCCUCUUCCUCAUCUUCGUCUCCGUCAUCAUGGUCGUCUUCUUUCUCAUCUCUGACCCCUUUCAAGCUCCAUUACCCUGGUUGGAUGUUGAGUAAUAGGAGCUCAAAUGGGCGGUUAGUUAUUCAGUGUUCUUCUGAAAUAUCGCCCACACCAGACGCCAUGAAUAUGAGGCAGCCUCAGGUGUCAUCUAUGGCUUCCUUUGGAGUGACAAUGAAUGAUGUUGGCAGUUCCAAACCCUCGUAUAAAUGGCGAAGAGUAUUGCUCAAAGUGAGUGGAGAAGCACUUGCAGGAGAUGGCAUGCAAAAUAUAGAUCCAAAGAUUACAAUGUCCAUUGCAAGGGAAGUUGCAGCUGUGACUCGCCUUGGCAUUGAGGUUGCGAUUGUUGUUGGAGGGGGGAACAUCUUCCGUGGGUCUUCCUGGGCAGGAAGUAGUGGCCUGGACCGUUCAUCUGCUGAUUACAUUGGGAUGUUAGCAACUGUUAUGAAUGCAAUAUUUCUUCAAGCAACAAUGGAGAGUAUUGGCAUCCCUACUCGGGUGCAGACUGCUUUUCGCAUGUCUGAAGUUGCAGAGCCAUAUAUACGUCGAAGGGCUGUGAGGCAUUUGGAAAAAGGAAGGGUUGUGAUUUUUGCAGCUGGAACUGGAAAUCCAUUCUUCACUACAGACACUGCUGCAGCCCUGCGUUGUGCAGAAAUUAGUGCAGAGGUUGUGCUGAAAGCUACAAAUGUUGAUGGGGUCUAUGAUGAUGACCCAAGGCGUAACCCAAAUGCUCGUCUUCUUGAUACUCUAGCUUACAAUGAGGUGACUUCCAAACACCUCUCUGUGAUGGACAUGACAGCCAUUACUUUGUGCGAGGAAAAUAACAUUCCAGUUGUUGUCUUCAAUCUAAGCAAAACGGGUAACAUCUCAAGAGCCAUUAAGGGAGAGAAGGUUGGCACAUUGAUUGGAGGGACAUGGAACUCAAUGGUGGCAAGGACAUGAUGUCUCAAUCGUCUUAGUUCUAAAGUUUUAAGUUGGGUUGUGAAGUUGAGAAUAACUUAUCACUUAACCUUAGUUUUAAGUUACCCCUCCAAAAGCUAAUUGGGAGUUUGCGUAUGAAGGCUGAAGAUGAAGUAUGAACUGCAAUUUUUUUAGCA